AUGCAGUUCGACCACCUCCAGUCGCGACCGAAACGUGGCGCGAUGGUGGAGGCGCUCUGGAGCGAGAUGGCCGGCGCGGGCGCCGGGGCCGCGCCCGGCCCGCGGGGCGCGCCCCCGCUCGGGGCGUGGGCGCCCUGGCGGCUGCGCGCCGCCGGCGCGGGCGCCCUGCAGGCCGCGCCGGGGACUGAGAGACGGGGGUCCGUGCAGGCGGGGGCCAGCCAGGCCGCGCUGCUGGGCGCGGGGCUCGCGAGGGACAACCGGGCAGCGGCCUACGCCGCCGAGGCGCUGGAGCGCUGGUCGGCGCUGUCCACGUGUCUCGCGGGCGGCAGGCUGGGCCGCGGCGUGGCGGCGGCCAGCGAGCUGCUGUCGCGCCCCGAGCUGACCUCCACGGGGCGGCGCGUGGAGGCCUACGUGACGCACCUGACGGACGACGACGACUACUUGCUGGGGGCGAGCGUGCUGGCGGCCAGCCUAGCGGCCACUGGCACCACGCGGCCCUUGCUGGCGAUGGUGACCGAGGGGGUGAGCGCCGAGGGCCGCGCGCUGCUCCACGAGACGGGCUGGGCCAUCCUCGACGUGGACCUGGUGGGCAUCGAGGGCAAGGACUCCAGGCUAUUUUGUUUUGCAUCCUUCCCCGUCAAGGACUCCCAGCACGUCCGGGGCUACUUCUGCAAGAUCCUGCUGUGGAGCCUGCCGUGCCACUCGGUCAUCUACCUGGAUACCGACACGAUCGUCAUGGAGAGCCUGGACGGUCUGUUCGCGGCGGCGGGCGGGGACGAGUUGGCGGCGGUGCCUGACUCGCAGCCGCACAUGAGCGGCGACAUGGUCGUGCAGGCAGGGCUCAUGGUCGUCGAGCCGUCCCCGGGGCGCUUCGCGGACCUCUGGGACGUGUGCUGCGGCGACCGCCGCCCCGACUCGCUCGACAGCUGGAAGGACCACGAGCAGGGCUUCCUGACGGAGUACUUCGAUGGCCACCGAGGCGCCGGGGCCCGCGGCCCGGGAGGGCCCCGGCCGCAGUGGCGGCUGCUGCCGGCGAGAUACAACUUCAACGUCCGCUACCACCUGAGGCCGCUGUACAGCGGGAUCACGCCCGCUACCGCGUCCCUGGUCCACUUUGCGUGCUGCAAGCCGUGGGAUCCGAAGCAGCGGCACUACGCUUCGCCCGUCUACGUGCAGCUCUUUCUGGAGUUCGCGCGGGCCCUCGGCCUGCCGUGGAGGCCGAGCAACUGCGCGAUGGACGAGCUGAGGGAGCAGGAGCAGCAGCGGAGGGUGGAGCGGUACCUGGCCGAGCAGCGGGGCCGGCCCUGA